AGGCGGAAGACUCGUAACUUGGUGGGAUUUCACUCCGGAAUGUGUCCUCUGCGCGCACCUGGAGCAGCCGGAGACAUGCAGAGGCAACAGAUUUUAGCCCGUUUUCACUCUGUUUUAUGAUACUGAGCCGCUGUGGAUCUGCGAUUUAUUCCUGUGAUGGGGAGAAUCACAUGGAACUGCGGUGCCGUGAUCCUGCUGGCCAUCGUUUGCUCAUGUCGUGCAGUCACUCUGGAGUCCAUCCAUUGGAGUAGCUCCAACACAAAAUUUAGUCCAAAUCAGGGUCUAGUCCUGUUUCCUCAGAUUGGGGACAAGAUGGACAUUGUGUGUCCGCGGGCAGAUGCUUCCUCGGGGGGGACGGAGGAGUUCUCCCGUGUCUACCUGGUCUCCCGAAGUCAGAUAGAGACAUGCACCAUCGACAAGACGGACACACCCUUGCUGAACUGCGACAAGCCUCACCGGGACGUAAAGUUCACGUUCAAGUUCCAGGAGUUCAGCCCCAACCUGUGGGGCUUGGAGUUCCUCAAGGGGAGGGACUAUUAUAUCACCUCCACCUCCACAGGCUCUCCGCAAGGACUGGAUAAUACUAAUGGAGGGCUGUGUAGAACCAAAUCCAUGAAGCUGGUGCUGAGAGUCGGCCAAAACUCUUCAAAUCCAGCUUCAACACUCCAGGAGUCCCCCACCAGAUUCCCACCCACAAGACCAAAGUCCAAGGCUAAGGACCCCUCCGGGAAAGAAGAGGAUAUCAAAAGCAAAACUGAAACAGGACAAACAAACCCCAGUGGCAGCGAUGGCCCAGAGACAGGACUGUUCAUGUGGGUUGUCUCUGGCUGUGUGAUCCUCCUUCUGGUCAUCAUAAUUCUACUGGCCUUGCUGUGGAGGUACCAUCGCAGCCGCUGUGUCCCAGAUAGCCAGCAGUCUGCCUCCGUGUCCCUCAACACUUUGGCUGUGCCAAAGCGGGACAGCAUCAGCAGCGACAACAACGGCUCCGACCGCAGCGAUGUUGUCUUUCCUCUGCGGGCUUCUGACAGCAUGAUCUGUCGUCAUUAUGAGCGUGUGAGCAGUGACUACGGGCCCCCUGUUUACAUAGUUCAGGAGAUAAUGCCCCAGAGUCCCACCAAUGUCUACUACAAAGUCUAAUAUUUGCUGCUCUCAUGCCAGUCUGUUGCAGGAAAUCCUGAAUUUGAACUGUCGGGGACACCCAGGCAACAGACAGUGACACAACACUUCCAUUGCUUUUGUUUUAAAGUUUGUGGGUGGUGUGAAGAAAAGACAAAAGUCAGUCUUAUCCUCUUGUCACACUGCACUAAGUGCACAAAAUCCUGUUGGACUGUUUUGUUUUCUUGUUAUAUUGAAAUGACAAUCAGAGAGGAAAUUGAUGUGUCAUAACACAUCAUUCAGUCGUUAUGGAAGUGUGCAGCGAAUUCCAGUGGUGGUUUGUACAUUACUAAGGUACUGUACUCAAGUACAAUUUUGAGGUUUCUGUGUCCAGACAAUUUAUACUUCUGCUCCAUUACAUUUCAGAGAAACAUAUUGUACUUCUUGCUCCUCUACAUUUAUCUGACAGCCAUAGUUACUUUACAAUUCCAAAUUUUAAAGACAUUUUUAAAGACCUUUAAUAAUAAUAUAUGAUGACUAAACAGUUCAAAUUUGACCUUAAUUGGUUAGUUCAUAAAUCAGUUAUCACAAAAUGUAUCAGCGACUGCUUCGAAAACUGACAUAGCUAAACAUUUCAUGGUUUCAGCUUCUCAAAUAUGGUGAUUUGCUGGUUUUCCACAUCUUAAAUUACAGUAAACUAAAUCAUUUAGAGGUUUUAACUGUUGGUUGGACAAAACAAGACAUUUGGAGUCAUCACUUAAAGCUCUGGGUAACUAUGAUGCAUUUCUCACUAUUUUCUUAACUUUUACAAACGGAUUAAUCAAGAAAAUAAUCAGGAGAUUAAUCCAUAAUGAAAAUAGCAGUAUUUCACACUCAUAUAAUCGUUUUUUCUGUAAUGAGUCAUUUUACCUGUUACUUUUGAUACUUGAAGUACUUUAAGUAAUUUUCCUGAUAAUACUUGCAUAGUUUUUACUUAAGUAACAUUUUUAAUUCAGGACUUUUACAUGUAAUGGAGUAUUUAUUUUUAAAGUGUCUGAAUACUCCCUCUACCAUUGGCAAAUGCCAAUUUGUUCAUGAUUUUAUUUUUCAAAGAAAAUAAAUCAAUUAUUUCUCACUGCCACCUCACAUGGCAGCUUCACUUGUACAGUAAGUGUGCAUCUUAUUUAGUUUAUUGAUGAAUCUUAAAAAAGAUUGCACUCCAACACACUACAUUUGCUAGCACUUAUUAAAUAUGAAUUUAUCACAAUUUAAUUGUGUAAACUGUUCAGUGAAAUGAAAAUAAUGAUUUUGUGGCUUUCAUUAAAGUUAAACCAUUUCAAAGGA